AUGUUUCCAGCUGGAGCCUCCCCACGGAGUUUGCGGACGCUUCCGAGCGGGCGUGGCCAAUCGCGGCGGUCGGCUGUUGGAGGUGGAGGAGUGUCUCUCAACGUGGACGAGCUAGAGGCUGCUCGCCUGUCUUUGAUACAACUGACGCAGUCAGUUUGGUGGGAACGGCGGCUGGUCGCGGUCAGGCGUGGUCAGGCGCUGCCGAAGAGAAGCUCUCUGGUCAAGCUGAGCCCGUUCCUGGACGAUCAGGGCAUUCUGCGAGUGGGCAGACGAUUGCGGCACUCGCUGUUGUCAUACGACGAGAAGCAUCCCGUGAUUCUACCGAGGAGGGCUCAUCUGACGCGGCUCGUCAUCGAGGACUGCCACCGCGCAGCGUUGCACGGUGGAACUCAGGCGACCUUGGGCCUGAUCCGACACCGGUACUGGAUCCCUGGGGGGAGAGCGGCAGUUAAGGCCGCCAGCCACCGUUGUCUGCCUUGUGUGCGAUGGCGGGCGGCAACGCCGACGCAGAGAAUGGCCGAUCUCCCGCGACCUCGCGUAGUUCCAUCUCGACCCUUCCUCCAUGCAGGGGUCAACUACGCGGGGCCAGUCAUGCUGCGGACAAGCCGGGGGCGGAGGCAUAAAGCGUACAAGGCCUUCGUAGCCGUGUUCGUGUGCCUGAGCUCUCGCGCCGUACAUCUAGAAGUCGUUUCUAACUACUCGUCAGAGGCGUUUCUCGCGGCCUUGAAACGCUUCACUUCUCGUCGAGGACUGUGCCAUACCCUGUAUUCUGACUGCGGUACUAAUUUUGUAGGUGCCGAUCGUCAAUUGCGCGACCUUUUUGCAGACAGCACCGUGGAAGGUAGGCGAGUAGCGGACGGCUUGAGCAACCAGGGAAUACGGUGGCGCUUUAAUCCACCUGCGGCGCCUCACUUUGGUGGUCUCUGGGAGGCUGCCGUCAAAUCUAUGAAGCAUCACUUCCGGCGGGUGCUAGGUGAGACCACUCUCACCUUCGAGGAGAUGACGACGCUUCUCGCGCAGGUGAAGGCCUGCAUGAAUUCGAGGCCGUUGCAGGCCCUCUCGGAUGACCUGUAG